CCUUAUCCUCCAGGGGAGCAAGAGAAAGCCGAGUACUAUGACGGAUUGCGCAAUCAACCUAGGCUGAUCGCCCGGACAAGCGCCACUCCCUUCGUCCCCAAUAGCACUCGCGAUACGUAUCAGUUCGACAAACAUUAUAAACAAAGAGAGCCACUCACUUGUCACGACAUAAUAACGAAAUACAGUCAAGCCUUUGCUGUGGACAUCAUAUCUGCCUUGGGAGAUUACCCAUGGCAUCGCUUCUAUCCCAUUCGCAUAAAUGACGAGAUGGUCAUGGGAAGACCUGUAGUAUUCGUCAUUGAGACUCUCGCCGAUUCAGAGCCAUGGGAAACAUCCAUUGAGGUUGCACUCUCUUGCCGCAACGCCAUUCGUUCGAUGGGAAUAACCGAUGUCGAGGUCGAAAUCCAGCAAGUCACUCAAGUACCAUUUGCCAACAAAGAAUUAGACGCCUUCAUAGACACCGCCUGCAAAGCAGCCGCCUCCACGCCAUCCAUGGUGGGAGAAAAGGCCAAUCAAUUGCUCCUCCAGGAAGUCGUUGAGAAUGUCCUUCCCUUCUCGUCUCACAUCGGAUAUGAAAUCCAUAACAUAAAGUCUGACAAAUCGGGCACCAUGGGUCUUCAUCUACGAUUAGGAGACGAGGAUGCACACUACGGUUUAACAUGUCGACACGUCGUUCUUGAGGGGCCCUCUAAUACGUCGGCCGAUAUUAACGUUGACAUCUCGGGCGACAAGACUACGUUGAUUCAACAGUUAACCCCAGGGACAGCAGCGAGUUUAGUUGACGACGGAGUUGCCCUGGAAGAUAACUGCAGAAAGAUGUACCAAGAUCUGGCAAAGAAGAUAUACGAAUGGGAUACGUGGUACAGCACAACGGAGGAGACCGCAGAGGCCAAGAAAUCUCGUUGCCCGACUUCUGAAGAGCGAGAGCGUCUGCCGAAAUUAGACAGUCUUUUGACCCAAGUCACCGAAGCCGCUGGCCUCAUACUGCCAAUGCUGCAUGAAUCCCGAAUCAUUGGGCAUGUGGCUUAUGCACCCUCAUAUGCGAAAUCGUCGCGAGGACUCCUUCUAGAUUGGUCAUUGGUCAGGCUAGGUACAGCCAAUGAUUCCGCUGCUCGGCGUACUAACAAGGUGUACAUUGGCCAUGAAGAAGCGGAAAGACGUGAUGGUCAAGUUUUUGUGAAAGAUGCAAAGGUACGACGGCAAUCUCUUUUCAGAGAAUCCUCAAAGUUAUCAGAUCACAUAAGCGAUGAUGGAUUCCUUCACAUUACUGGAAUUGUCCCGACGCCGACAGAUGGGCAGGCCGCAAGAUUGCCAGUGGGAAUGAGAGGAAAGACAUCAGGUCUAAAGUUUGGUAUGACAAACGAAAUACUGGCAGUUCGACGGGAUUCCACGGGUGGAAAGUUAGUGGUAUGGGAGUGGAUUGUUUUUUGUGAGCGCAACUACACUUGUUUCAGUGCCGAGGGAGAUUCAGGGACCGCCAUUUGGGAUCAUAGUGGUCGAUUUGUUGGCAUGGUAACCGGCGGUAUUGCCAUAUCGGAGACUUCAUGGCACAACGACUCUUCUGUAGCGAAGAACGACACUGAGACUCCAGAGGCUUCUGCCAGCGCGUCUUUUAGAGUUGACGCCCGAAGAGAUCUAACCUUUGUCACGACGGCAGAGUACCUGUUUGAGAGUAUCAAGGAAUUCACAGGACGAACGCCGCAUAUCCUAUAG